GUGGAUUCGCGAACAAACUCAUUUCCCCGUCCCCACUGGAGAGUCCCCUUCUUCCUCCUCUCGCCUUCCUCCGGCUCCUCCCCCCAAACCCGCCUCUCCCCUACCUCGAUUUCCUGCCCCCACCUCGCCGUCGGCUGCAUCCACGCCGGCGGCGUACGGGCCCCGCACCGAGCGAGGAGGCCCCGGACCUGAUUCCCUCGUCGAGAGGAGUCGCCGUCCCCUCCUGGCUCCGCUGUCGGUGCCGGGCUGCCGCGGUCUGGAGGGGGAGGAGGACCGGAGAUCCGUCCGCGCGUGCUUGGAUUGGUGUCGUCUUUGGCUGAGGGUAUGAGCAAUGUACUCACCAAAACCGGAAGCUAGUUUUGGCUCAACUCAUACCAACUCAGUUGCAAACCAGCAGCAAAUGGAGUUAGCUGGAAACAACAUGGGUCCUAGUAACGGAGCAAAUAAUAAUAACAACCUAGCUGCAAGGCAACGCCUACGGUGGACAAAUGAACUGCAUGAAAGAUUUGUUGAGGCUGUUACUCAACUUGGUGGCCCUGACAGAGCAACUCCUAAAGGAGUUCUGAGAAUUAUGGGUGUACCAGGAUUAACAAUAUACCAUGUGAAAAGUCACUUGCAGAAAUACAGGCUAGCAAAGUACAUUCCUGAUGCUUCAGCUGAUGGUAACAAGGCUGAUAACAAGGACCCAGGGGAUUUGCUUGCGGGACUUGAGGGAUCCUCUGGAUUGCCAAUAUCUGAAGCCCUCAAGCUGCAGAUGGAGGUCCAAAAGCGACUGCAUGAACAGUUAGAAGUACAAAGGCAGCUGCAACUGCGUAUUGAGGCUCAGGGAAAGUACCUCCAGAAGAUCAUUGAAGAGCAGCAGCGCUUAACUGGCGUGAAAUCUGAAACUCCUGCUGCAGGUGCUUCUGUCACAGUAUCAAGUGAUCAAUUCCCUGACUCUGAGCGGACUGAGCCCUCGACUCCUGCGCCAACAUCCGAGUCUCCAACUAAAGUUGGCACUUCCAAUAGGGAUACUGGAGAACGGACUGAAGCAACCAAGAGCACCUGUCGUGGUGAUUCACUCUCCUGUCACGAGCCACUGACCCCUGAUUCCAACUGCCAGAACGGCUCGCCUCCUGCUAGUCCAAACCAUGAGAGGGCAGCAAAGAGGCAACGAGGCAGUGGUAAUGAUUUCUUGGAUGCCCAGGCUGAUUUUUCCCUUCCGCGCAACAUCUUCGAGUCGAGUUCAGGCUCCGAGUUCCAGCCGUAUUCAAUGUCCUACUCAGGCAAUUAGCUUCUGAUGCUCCCAUCAUUGCUAGCUUGUUGAGCACAAUGCGCAUGAUCUGAUCCAUGUCUGUAGGUCUGGGUAGAAUGAUGCUAUCUCAAGGAUUGUAUUGUUGGUAGACAAAGUUGUAGGGGGUUCAGUGAUUGUUUACAUGAUAUACAUGACAUCCACAAGUGCUUAGGUUUGUAACAUCUAUGUCCCAUCUGUAGUUCAGUGGAGAUGUAUUGGUGGAAGGCUAAUGUUCCGUUGCUGUGUUACCUAUACCAUGUUGUCAGCUUUUAUUCUGUUGGUAAUCUGUGUCGACAAAGGCUUGACGUCAAGUCCACUUUGAU